AUGGCGGAACGCGGAGGGGCGGGCGGUGGUCCUGGAGGCGCCGGGGGCGGCAGCGGCCAGAGGGGCUCUGGGGUCGCCCAGUCCCCGCAACAGCAGCAGCCGCCGCAGCAGCCGCCGCCUCAGCAGCCGACGCCCCCCAAGCUGGCCCAGGCCACCUCGUCGUCCUCGUCUACCUCGGCGGCGGCCGCCUCCUCCUCGUCCUCGUCCACCUCCACCUCCAUGGCCGUCGCGGUGGCCUCCGGGUCCGCGCCUCCCGGCGGCCCGGGGCCAGGCCGCACCCCCGCCCCCGUGCAGAUGAACCUGUACGCCACCUGGGAGGUGGACCGGAGCUCGUCCAGCUGCGUGCCCAGGCUGUUCAGCUUGACCCUGAAGAAACUCGUCAUGCUAAAAGAAAUGGACAAAGAUCUUAACUCGGUGGUCAUUGCUGUGAAGCUACAGGGUUCAAAAAGGAUUCUUCGCUCCAACGAGAUCAUCCUUCCAGCUAGUGGACUUGUGGAAACAGAACUCCAAUUAACCUUCUCCCUUCAGUACCCUCAUUUCCUGAAGCGAGAUGCCAACAAGCUACAGAUCAUGUUGCAAAGGAGAAAGCGUUACAAGAACCGGACCAUCUUGGGCUAUAAGACCCUGGCUGUGGGACUUAUCAACAUGGCAGAGGUGAUGCAGCACCCUAAUGAAGGCGCUCUGGUGCUUGGCCUGCACAGUAACGUGAAGGAUGUCUCUGUGCCUGUGGCAGAAAUAAAGAUCUACUCUCUGUCCAGCCAGCCCAUUGACCAUGAAGGAAUCAAAUCCAAGCUGUCUGAUCGUUCUCCUGAUAUUGACAAUUAUUCUGAGGAAGAGGAGGAGAGUUUCUCAUCAGAACAGGAAGGCAGUGAUGAUCCAUUGCACGGGCAGGACCUGUUUUAUGAAGAUGAGGAUCUACGGAAAGUAAAGAAGACCCGGAGGAAACUAACCUCAACCUCUGCCAUCACAAGGCAACCUAACAUCAAACAGAAGUUUGUGGCCCUCCUGAAGCGGUUUAAAGUUUCAGAUGAGGUAGGCUUCGGGCUGGAACACGUAUCCCGAGAGCAGAUACGAGAGGUGGAAGAGGACUUGGAUGAACUGUAUGAUAGCCUGGAGAUGUACAAUCCCAGCGACAGUGGCCCUGAAAUGGAAGAGACGGAGAGCAUCCUUAGCACUCCAAAGCCCAAGCUCAAGCCCUUCUUUGAGGGGAUGUCGCAGUCCAGCUCACAGACGGAGAUUGGCAGCCUCAACAGCAAGGGUAGCCUCAGCAAAGACACCACCAGCCCUAUGGAAUUGGCUGCUCUAGAAAAAGUCAAAUCUGCUUGGAUUAAAAAUCAAGAUGACAGCUUGACUGAAACAGACACUCUGGAAAUUACUGACCAGGACAUGUUUGGAGAUAUGAGCACAAGUCUGGUUGUGCCAGAGAAGGUCAAAACUCCCAUGAAGUCCAGCAAAACAGAUCUCCAAGGUUCUGCUUCUCCCAGCAAAGUGGAUGGGGUACACACGCCCCGGCAGAAGCGGAGCACACCCCUGAAGGAGCGGCAGCUCUCCAAGCCCCUGAGUGAGAGAACCAACAGCUCCGACAGUGAGAGGUCCCCCGACUUGGGCCACAGCACGCAGAUUCCAAGAAAGGUUGUAUAUGACCAACUGAAUCAGAUCCUGGUAUCAGAUGCAGCUCUCCCAGAAAAUGUCAUCCUUGUCAACACUGCGGACUGGCAGGGCCAGUACGUGGCAGAGCUGCUCCAGGACCAACGGAAGCCUGUCGUGUGUACCUGCUCCACCGUGGAGGUCCAGGCCGUGCUGUCUGCCUUGCUCACCCGUAUUCAGCGCUACUGCAACUGCAACUCCUCCAUGCCGAGGCCGGUGAAGGUGGCAGCAGUGGGAGGCCAGAGUUACCUGAGCUCCAUCCUCCGGUUCUUUGUCAAGUCGCUGGCCAGCAAGACCUCCGACUGGCUUGGCUACAUGCGCUUUCUCAUCAUUCCCCUCGGUUCUCACCCUGUGGCCAAAUACUUGGGCUCAGUCGACAGUAGAUACAGCAGUAACUUCCUUGAUUCUGGCUGGAGAGACCUCUUCAGUCGCUCGGAGCCCCCGGUGUCAGAGCAACUGGACGUGGUCGGGCGGGUCAUGCAGUAUGUCAGUGGGGCAGGUGUCACACACCAGCUCCCCGUAGCUGAAGCCAUGCUGACCUGCAGGCAUAAGUUCCCUGAUGAAGACUCCUAUCAGAAGUUUAUCCCCUUCAUUGGCGUGGUGAAGGUGGGUCUGGUUGAAGAUUCUCCGUCUACUGCAGGUGAUGGGGAUGACUCACCUGUGGUCAGCCUUACUGUGCCCUCCACAUCACCGCCUUCCAGCUCAGGCCUGAGCCGAGAUACCACAGCCACUCCUCCUUCGUCCCCAUCCAUGAGCAGUGCCCUCGCCGUCGUGGGGAGCCCCAACAGCCCAUAUGGGGACGUGAUUGGCCUCCAGGUGGACUACUGGCUGGGCCACCCUGGUGAGCGGAGAAGGGAAGGUGACAAGAGGGACGCCAGUUCCAAGAACACCCUCAAGAGCGUCUUCCGCUCAGUGCAGGUUUCCCGCCUGCCCCAUGGUGGGGAGGCCCAGCUUUCCGGUACCAUGGCAAUGACUGUGGUCACCAAAGAGAAGAACAAGAAAGUUCCCACGAUCUUCCUGAGCAAGAAACCUCGAGAAAAGGAGGUAGAUUCCAAGAGCCAGGUCAUCGAGGGCAUCAGCCGCCUCAUCUGCUCUGCCAAGCAGCAGCAGACCAUGCUGAGAGUGUCCAUCGACGGAGUCGAGUGGAGUGACAUCAAGUUCUUCCAGCUGGCGGCCCAGUGGCCCACCCAUGUCAAGCACUUUCCAGUGGGACUAUUCAGUGGCAGCAAGGCCACCUGAGGGCACUAUCUCCUGGCCACUCUCCCUCCUGGCACUGCCACCAGCCUCACCGCCUGCGGGCAGGGGGAGGCCAGCAGGCCUGGGUCCAGCGUCCCCUUUCCUGGCCCUGAGGCCUGUAUCUCUCUUGCCCAGUCCUGAAGGACACUGCCAGUGGGGACGCUGCUCCCCUCCCUCCUGCUCAGUCCUCUCCCUCCCAUUCCGGGCCGGG